AUGAGUUUGGGACCUCGAUCCCUCGUAAUGAAGGAGUUCGCCAAUAUUUUCCUUAGUAUUCGGGGUAUGAGAAAAUACCCCUUUCCUGUGACCUUUGAAAACGUAAAUUUUCCUCCCAAUGGAGAGUACAAGUUGCCUAAAAUGCCCCCCGAACCAUUUUACGAUCCAGAGAAGGGUGAGGCAAAGUACAAAACCACAAAACGAAUGAUUGAGGCUCGUGGUGUGGAGGAAGUUCAUACGUAUCUAAUUCAUCAACAGUUUGGCCUUGCCGCUGUAUCAGGUGGUUUCAUAUCAGCUGAUGACUUCAACUUUAUUCAGGAACGCGUCAACAAGAACCUUCUCAAUAAACAGUUCGCUAUUUGGCGUGUUGAUCCUCCAUGGCUACCUAGAACAAAGAAGGCUCAAGGUACUCGUCUCGGUGGUGGCAAAGGAAGUAUUCAUCACUAUGUGACACCGGUUAAAGCAAAGCGAAUUAUUCUAGAAGUUGGAGGUCACAUUACGGAAAUAGAGGCCCAGUCAUUUUUACUCUACCUUUGUGAACGAUUCUCGUUUCCUGUGGAAUUCGUGAGUGAGCAGAUCCUGCGUGAACGACGGACUCUUGAGAAAGAAAUCAUGGAGCAUAACCAGAAUCCGUUCAAUUGGGAUCGUGUUAUUAAGUAUAAUAUGCAGAAUUGCUCUAGUUGGCUUUCUCACUAUAAUAUCAAAUGGAAAGGAAAGUAUCGGAACUAUCUUCUAUUCUCACCACUGCGACCUCUGUCAGGUGUGCGCGUGUUUAGGAUAUUGUGCCGAAUAGCGUGUGCUUUGAAUAUUUUGGAAAACAUGUUACUCCUAGGACUAACCACAAUCUCAUCCGUAGAGAACCAUGUGCUCCACAAGUUAUGUUUUACUGCCUUUGCCGCUACUGCUACGACGUAUAUGUUACUCAGCACAUGGCUUUUUGACUAUUCAGGUCGUCGAAGAGCAACAAAUUUGGGUGAACGUUCGUAUGAAUACAAAAUCUUAUCCUGUUUUGUUUCGAUCAUCUCUUUACUGCUUGCAAUGUACCUUUACUGGAGGCACAACACUUAUUGUGAACCAGGAGUGUAUACGAUGUUCGCAUUAGCUGAAUAUUGUAUUGUUCUUUCCAAUAUUGCCUUUCACUCGACGCUCUACUACGACUUUCAUGGAAAAAGUGUUAUUCUAUUGUCUACUGUUGGGAUAACAGCCGGAGGCUACAACCUUCUGCCGACUGAGGCAAAGUUCGUAAAUUUUCUCACGAAUUCAUGUCGUAUUCGAGAUGUCAAACUCUGUAAAAUGGCUUGGGCUGCUAUAUCUGCUGAGGCUUUAAAACUAAAAGAACAAGGGGAAGUGAAAAAAGUGAACGGAGAAGGACAUAAACUACCGGUGAAGAGAUUGCGAAGUGCAGUUUUAGAUGCGUACAGAGAAACAGUUGGUGAUCAGCAAGAAACCGAAGAUGUUGAAAAUUUGUUCAGAGCAAAACUCGCUAAAUGCAAAGUGAUAGUCUGCGGAAAACGGGUCUCACUUCCUUCUUGA